CUGUCUCGUCCGUCGACUGUUCAAAUUUUUCUCAAAGUCAAUUGUGCUGCCAUUGAUCAUUCUGUUAAUAUUUUCUGAGUAUUUUUGCUAUGAACUAGUGUUAUUUGAUCUAGGUCGGUGAAGAAAUAUGUUUGUUAUUAAAUCUCUCUACUAAAUCAUCCGUUUGGUUCCUGAUCCAAUGUCCCCUGUCGAGAUCUCUGGCGCUGAUGCCGUGGUGUCGCCUCCUAUGCGUGGAAGAGUUCCACUUCCACCACCGCCUCCUCCUCCUCCUCCUCCUAUGCGAAGAAGAGCACCACUGCCGCCACCUCCUCCUCCUCCUAUGCGUAGAAGAGCACCACUGCCGCCACCUCCUCCUCCUGCUAUGCGUAGAAGAGUACUACCACGUCCACCUCCACCUCCACCUCCACUUCCGAUGUUUGAUGCAGAAGUUCUGUGUUGUUGUUAUCCACCUACUCGUGUGCGUAGAGAAGCGCCACUGCCACCACCUCCUCUGAUAUUUGUAGGAGCCCCACCUCCAACUUGUGCACUUAAGGGUAUAGUGUGUUGUUUUCCAUGUCCAUCUAAAAAGAAGUCCUCCCUGAAGCGAUUUAACUGGGUUAAAAUAACAAGGGCUUUGCCGGGGAGCUUAUGGGAUGAGUUACAGAUACAACAAGUAUGCCACGGCGAUAUCGAGGAUGAACAGAUUCUCUGUGCAAUAGAACUUGAUGUAUCAGAAAUAGAGACCUUUUUCUCUCUUGGGGCAGCAAAACCUGAAAAAGAUCCACUGAUUGACCUUAGGAGAGCCACUGACACGGAACUUACGCUAAUGUUAUUAAAUAUUCGGCUGCCUGCAGAUAUGAUGGCUGCAAUCAUGGCAAUGGAUGAGUCUGUGCUAGAUGAUGAUGAAAUAAGGGGUCUUAUAAACCUUUUCCCAACCAAGGAGAAUAUGGAGCUUCUUAUGAGCUACACUGGUGGCAAGUGGACCUUGGAAAAGUGGGAGCAGUACUUCCAAGAGCUAAGGAAGGUGCUACGAGUAGAAUCAAAGCUGAGAGUAUUUUACUUCAAGAUUCAAUUUAGCACUAAGAUAACACAAUUCAAAAAAAGGUUAAAUGUGGUCAAUUCUGCGUGUGAGGAGGUCUGUUCUUCACAAAAGCUAAAAGAAAUUAUGAAAAAGAUUACUUGCCUGGGGAACACAUCGAACCAAGGAACUGGCAGGGGCGUUACAGUGGGAUUCAACUUGGACAGUUUAUGUGUUAAAAGCAUGCAUAAUUUUUGCAAGGUCCUUGCUUCGGAGGCAUCAGAUCUUCUGGACGUCCAUAAGGAUCUUCAAAGUCUUGAAUCAGCUUCAAAGAAACAAUUGAAGUCUCUGGCUGAGGAAAUGCAAGAUAUAAUCAGAGAUUUGGAAAAACUGAACCAGGAGCUUACUGCAGCCGAAACUGAUGGUCCUGAUUCUCAAGUAUUUCGUAAUACAUUGAAGGACUUCAUUUCCAUUGCUGAGACUGAAGUGAAAACCGUAUUGAGUCUUUACUCUGUCGUGGGAAAAAAUGCUGUUGCACUUGUCAACUAUUUUGGCGAGGAUCCUAAAUGGUGUCCAUUUGAACAAGUUACUGCGACCCUCCUUCACUUUAUAAGGUUGUUUGAGAAAGCACACGAAGAGAAUGUCAAGAAAGCUGACUUGGAGAAGAAGAAAGCCGCUAACGAAACGGAAAUGAAGCAUGUGGUUCAUAAUAGCUGGCUCAACAACUUAAAUAUUAGAGCAUCCACAUUGAUCGACCAGAGGAGAGCCUUUAACACUAUGAUUAUGCUUCAGAAAGUAGAGAUGCCGCUGCCUGAUAUGAUGGCUGCAGUUCUAGGAAUGGAUGAGUCUGUACUAGAUGUUGAUCAAAUAGAGAAUCUUAUAAGGUUUUGCCCAACAAAGGAGGAGAUGAAGCUUCUUAAGAACUAUACUGGUGACAAGGCAACCUUGGGAAAGUGUGAGCAGUACUUCCUAGAGCUAAUGAAGGUUCCAGGAGUAGAAUCGAAGCUGAGAGUGUUUUCCUUCAAGAUUCAUUUCGGUACUCAGAUAAAAGAACUUAAUAAAGGUUUAAAUACCGUAAAUUCUGCAUGUGAGGAGAUACGUACUUCACAAAAGCUAAAAGAGAUUAUGAAAAUUAUUCUCUGCCUGGGGAACAUAUUGAACCAAGGAACUGCCAGGGGCAGUGCAGUGGGAUUCAAGUUGGACAGUUUAUUGAAUUUAAGCGAAAAAUGUUCUGCUAACACCAACAUGACUCUCAUGCAUUAUCUUUGCAAGGUCCUUGCUUCCAAGGCAUCAGAUCUACUGGACUUCCAUAAGGAUCUUGAAAAUCUCGAAUCAGCUUCAAAGAUACAUUUGAAGUCGUUGGCUGAGGAAAUGGUAGCUAUAACCAAAGGACUCCAAAAACUGAACCAGGAGCUUACCGCAUCCGAAAGUGACGGUCCUAUUUCUGAAGUUUUCCGUAAAUUAUUGAAGGACUUCAUAUCCGUUGCUGAAACUCAAGUAGCAACUGUAUCGAGUCUUUACUCCUCAGUGGGAGGAAACACUGAUGCACUUGUACACUAUUUUGGCGAGGAUCCGAACGAUUAUCCAUUUGAACAAGUUACCGCGACCCUCUUGAGUUUUGUAAGGUUGUUUACGACAGCAGCACACCAAGAGAAUGUCAAACAAGCGGAGUUGGAGAAGAAGAAAGCUGCAAAGGAAGCAGAAAUGGAGAAGACGAAGAAACGAGUCAGUCUCACUAAUAAAAAAGCAAGCGGAGUUGGAGAAGAAGAAAGUUGCCUUAUAUAACUGACCAUAGUGUGGUAACUCAGAUAUUUUGUGUUGAUUUAAACAAGCGAUGGAAAUAUUUUCACUGUUUGGUGUUGUUAAUAUGUGUGUGGUUACAACCACGUUUUUUUUUUACGAUCAACUUGUGCUUUUUCCCAUCUGUCGAAACACGUUAUUAUUGAUUUUUAGUAAUCCCCAAUUGCAAUU